UGGAGCUAGAAACAUCAUGUGGAGAAAGCUUUUGCUCAUCACUCGAUUCAUAAACCAACUUCUUUGCUUUGCCUUUUCUAAUUCACAUUAAAAAGUCUAGAGCUGCGAUUUUACAAACAUGGUGGCCAGAGAGACGACCCAGAAGAAGCCCCAUGUAGCUGUCCUAGCCAGCCCAGGCAUGGGACAUGUCACCCCUCUCCUUCAGCUAGCCAAACGACUCGUCGUUGACCACGGCUUCCAGGUCACUUUUCUUUCCACCUCCACCGACGCACCACCCGCCCAGAUUCAGCUCCUCAACAGUUCCACCCUCCCUCCCGACCUCCACGUCAUCCACCUCCCUCAUGUCGACGUGUCAAACCUACUCACCGCCGCCACGGGCAUCUCGGUUCGCAUCAUUCUUGUCGUCCUGCAGACCCUCAGCCAUCUACCGUCAGUCCUAACCAAUAUGCAACCGCCCAUCCAAUCUCUCAUCGUCGAUCCAUUUUGCGUGGGAGCCCUCGAAUACGCCGCCGCCUUCUCCAUCCCCACCUACCUUUUCUUGACGACUUCCGCUUCGUUUACGGCGUUGACCAUGUACUUCCCUACGCUUCAUGCACAGGUUGACGGAGAUUAUUCUAAGAUCGCCGAGAAGGUUGUUGUCCCCGGUUGCAACCCCUUGUUGCUUGACGAUCUUAUCCCUGGGGUUUUGAUGCCAGAAGUCCUGCCUCUAUGCAACCGGAUUCCGUUGGUCAAGGGCGUUUUCAUAAAUACAUGGGAAGAACUUGAGCCGGUCGCCCUUGGCGCUGUUAGGAAGAAUCCUUUCUUUCUUGGUCUACCAGCGCCACCGGUUUAUCCCAUCGGACCCUUGACCAAGGGCAAUGAAGAUGAACCGCUGACGUCAACACUGGAAUCGAAGAAGAUGCUGACGUGGCUGGACAAGCAGCCACCAGAUUCGGUUGUAUACGUUUCGUUUGGGAGCGGAGGGACGCUGUCCGGUGAACAGAUGAGCGAGUUGGCUUGGGGACUGGAACUGAGCCAAACACGGUUCGUUUGGGUGGCGCGACCCCCGAGUGAAGUCAGUGCGUCGGGGAGCUUUUUCGAAGCCGGUUAUGAUGCGAAGGGUGCGGCGUCGUAUUUGCCAGAUGGGUUUCUGGACAGGACGAGGGAGAGGGGGCUGGUGAUAUCCUCGUGGGCCCCGCAAGUGGCGGUGCUGAGUCAUGGGUCCGUUGCUGGGUUUGUGACGCACUGCGGGUGGAAUUCUGUGUUGGAGAGCAUAGCUCAAGGGGUAGGGAUGAUUGCGUGGCCUCUGUACGCUGAGCAGAGCAUGAACGCGAGGAUGCUGGUGGAUAUGGGAGUGGCUGUGUGGCCGAAGCCGGCUGGGGAGAGAGCGGUGGUGGGGCGAGGUGAGGUUGAGAGGGUGGUGAGGUCUGUUAUGGAAGGUGAACAAGGAAAGGCGAUGAGGCAGAAGGUGAUAGAGCUUCAAGGUACUGCAUUCAAAGCUUUGGGUUUAGGCGGGUCGUCUAAUGCAUCGCUGGCAGGCCUGGCGGACGAAUGGAGGGCGGGAGGCUCACCUUGAUUUGUUAUAUAUGUAACGGAUACCGAAUAAAUGCACCACCUCUAAAUAUAAGGACUCGAAUCCGUAUGUAACAUAGCAAAUCCUAAAAUUACAAGUCCUAAUGAUCUCGUCAUGCAAGUGUGUGUUGUGCCCAAAUUCUAAAGGUUGUCAUUAGCAAUAAACUGAUGACACCAUUACGAAUUUUCUAUUUUACAUCUACUUGAAAAUAUUGCAAACUUUUUCUUGGUUGAACAAAAUAUUGUAUAUCCGUUCGUUGAUUGAGAUUUCAA